UUAAGUGCGACUAAAAUGGCGUUGGAUGACUCGACCGAAGUAUCAAAGGUCAUUAGUUGAUUGUAGAUAACUAAUAUUUUACUUGAAAAGCAGGACUUUAUUUCAAUUCAUCUGCUUCGUAUUCCGCAUACUUAUGAAUUCGUGACGCGAUCCUCGAUUAAAUCCUGCUCUAGACCAAUGGAAGAAAUGAGUGCCCACUAUGGAGGUAGUGGAUUUAUUCAAUAGAUACAACGAGAAUUUAGGAUCGUACAUCUUUACGAGAUGGAUUGGCAAAUUAAUUACGGAAUAUCAAACAUCGAAAACCUUGUUUAUUAUUGCGGCAUUGGUUCUUAUAAUUUUAAUUGUCGUUUGUGUAAUUGUUCUUCGAAAAUGGAAAAACAAAGAAUUUCUCCCAGAAAUGAAAGAAUUCGUCGGAGUAGGUACAGGCAAGCCCAGAUUCAGAAAAAGGGACAAGGUCCUCUUUUAUGGAAGAAAAAUGUUACGCAAAGUAAAAUCUAUCGGUGGACAAGUACAUGCAACAGGACAAGGAAAAAAACGAAAGGCAGUUAUGCGGUUUGCACGAAGAUUAUUGCAAUUAAAAAAAGAUUCCACGCCGCAACAAUUAAAAGUUUUGGAACCACCUGCUGAAUAUUUGGAAGAAGACCUAGGUCCUGGUGACAGAGUACCGCCAGAUGCUUUGUACAUGUUGCAAAGUAUUAGAGUAUUUGGUCAUUUUGAAAAGCCUGUAUUCUUGAAAUUAUGCAAGCAUACAGAAAUUAUGAGUUUACCAGCUGGUACCAGUUUAUUUAAAAUUGGGGAUCCGGAUGAAAAUUUAUUUAUUGUGCAGCAAGGCCUGGUCAAUGUUUAUAUUACAGGACCCGAUAGUUCCCAAAUAUCGUUAAAACUAGUGAAAACUGGGGAAUCUGUAACUAGUCUUCUUAGUUUCACGGACGUACUUACUGGGCAUACGAGUACCUACAAGACUGUAUCCGCUAGAACUGUCGAAGAUUCUAUAGUAGUCAAAUUACCGAUGAGCGCAUUUCAAGAGGUUUUUCAAGAUCAUCCUGAUGCGUUCGUUCGAGUUAUCCAGGUCAUUAUGGUUCGCCUCCAAAGAGUCACCUUUACCGCUUUACAUCAAUAUCUUGGAUUGUCCGCGGAAUUAGUUAAUCAAGGAACACACAAAAAGAAACAGAGUCCAUUUUCUGGAUCACCGGUUAGAUCGAGAACUAAAGAAAAUUUCGCUACGCCAAAUAUGGAAUAUCAAUCCUCUGUAUCAACUACUAUUUCAUCGGAGCAACACGAUGCAUGUGAAAUGCUUCAGCGCGAUACUUCUACUUCGAGUAGUCCUCAAUCCGUACCUAUCGUUAUCAAUCGACGGCCAAAGACUAGUUUUGAUUGGAAAAAUCAAAAUUUAAGCCCACAAUUAGAUCAGAAUUCAGCAAAUAUGGUACCAGAAUGUGAUUCUCAUUGGGCAAAUUCUUCGCCUGCAACAUCGCAACAAUCAUACCAAGGAUCGCAACCGGACGUUGUAAACACAGGCAAUUCUCACCCAAGCAAAAAACGAUCCACAACUAUCGAACCAAUCCCGCAACAAUUAGACGAAUCGCAUCUUGUUCAAAUAGCUACCGAAGCAUUCGUGAGAGAACUUGGUUUAGAAGACGAAUCGAUACUUAAGGAUGGCAAGGUUCAAAUUAGAGAAGUACCUGCUGGAACUUAUCUAAUGAAAGAAGAAUCUCAUAAGGAUGUUGCUCUCGUCUAUGUCGUAUCCGGUUUAUUAACUGUUAGUCAACGCGUUUCGGAAGGCAGAGAUGUAGGUCAAGAAGUUCACAUGUUUAGCGCUCAUCAAGGUGAAAUUGUUGGAGGAUUGGCUGUAUUAACCGGAGAGCCUUCUUUCUAUACCAUUAGAGCAAAACAUCCUAGUCGCAUCGCGCUUCUUAGUAAAUCAACAUUCUUUGCCAUUAUGAGAGAACAACCUACCGUUGUAUUACACGUAGCUCACUCGGUUGUCCGAAGGCUUAGUCCUUUCGUUAGACAGGUUGAUUUUGCUCUCGACUGGCUAUUUCUUGAAAGUGGAAGAGCAGUGUAUAGACAAGGCGAUGAAUCGGACUCUACGUUUAUUGUACUAAGUGGCCGACUUCGGUCGGUGAUUACGUAUGAAAACGGAAAGAAAGAACUCGUUGCGGAAUAUGGGAAGGGAGACCUAGUAGGUAUCGUAGAAAUGGUCACGCAAACUCCACGAUCAACAACAGUAAUGGCGGUACGAGACUCUGAACUGGCAAAACUUCCCGAAGGAUUGUUUAAUGUGAUCAAACUUCGUUACCCCAUAGUAGUCACAAGGCUUAUAAAUUUACUUGGGCACCGUAUUCUUGGGUCUUGGCAACAGCCACACUCGAAAGGUGGCAGCAGUGAUAAGCAGCGGGCUGCUGCGACAAUUGAUACGAGACCAGCUCAAGUAAAUUUCUCAACUGUAGCUAUAGUCCCAGUAUCUGAUGAUGUACCAUUAACUGCAUUUACAUUCGAACUGUAUCAUUCGUUGUGUGCUAUCGGACCUUGUUUACGCCUCACUUCAGAUGUUGUCCGAAAAACUCUAGGUAGCACUAUUAUGGAACCCGCGAAUGAAUAUCGUUUAACAUCAUGGCUCGCGCAACAAGAAGAUCAACACCGAAUUUCAUUGUACCAAUGUGAUCCAACGUACACAUUGUGGACUCAACGAUGCGUUCGACAGGCGGACUGCAUUUUUAUUGUCGGUUUGGGAGAUAGGCCUCCUUCCAUAGGUAGAACAGAACGCGAAAUCGAACGCUUGGUAAUGAGAACGCAAAAGGAAUUAGUUCUUUUGCACAAAGAACAGAGCGGACAGCGGCCAACGAAUACAGUGGAGUGGUUGAAUAUGAGAUCUUGGAUUUCUAGUCAUCAUCACAUUUUGUGCCCUAAACGAAUGUUCACCAGGAGAUCUCAAUAUAGAAUUAAUGAAUUAUAUUCCAAGGUUCUUAUGUCAGAGCCAAAUGUUCAUAGUGACUUUAGUAGACUCGCUCGGUGGUUAACUGGAACUUCGGUUGGCCUAGUACUCGGAGGUGGUGGUGCUAGAGGUGCAGCCCAUGUAGGUAUGCUUAAAGCGGUCAUCGAAGCUGGAAUACCCAUAGACAUGGUCGGUGGAGUUAGCAUCGGUGCUUUUAUGGGCGCAUUGUAUUGCAUGGAAAAGAAUAUUACGACGACGACUCAGAAAGCUCGCGAAUGGUCUAAGAAAAUGACACAGUGGUGGAGGCAAAUAAUGGACUUGACGUACCCUGUGACAUCCAUGUUCUCUGGAAAAGAUUUUAAUAAAACAAUUCAAGCAACAUUUGGCGAUACAUACAUAGAGGACCUGUGGUUACCGUAUUUUACAAUAACUACAGACAUCACUGACUCUUGUAUGCGUACACACACGCACGGAUCGCUGUGGCGGUACAUUCGGGCUUCGAUGUCUUUGUCUGGUUAUAUGCCACCCAUGUGUGACCCAGUUGACGGCCAUCUCCUGCUCGACGGCGGGUACGUCAAUAACCUUCCAGGUUUACUAUGGAGAUACAUUCGAGCCAGUAUGACCAUUGCGGGGGUCUUUCCUCCUAUUUGCGACCCUCUUGACGGGCAUCUUUUGGUCGAUGGGUGUUAUGUUAAUAACGUGCCAGCUGACGAAAUGUUGAGACAAGGAGCACACCAUAUUUUGGCAAUCGACGUUGGGUCACAGGAUGACACGGAUUUAACAAAUUAUGGAGAUUCUUUGUCCGGUUGGUGGCUAUUGUGGAAACGUUGGAAUCCUUUCGCAACGCCCGUUAAAGUACCGAAUUUGCCUGAUAUACAAUCGAGGCUGGCGUACGUAAGUUGCGUACGGCAAUUGGAGGAAGUGAAAAACUCUGAUUAUUGCGAAUAUAUCAGGCCACCGAUAGAUAAAUAUAAAACUCUUCAGUUUACAAAUUUUGACGAGAUUAAAGAUGUCGGAUAUCAACACGGAAAGACUUAUUUCGAAGGACAGUCGAACGCUGGAGUUCUUCCACGAUUUAAUGCCGACAGAGAAAACGCACGAGCGUUACGAGCAAAGCAUCAGGUAUCGAAUCAACAAUCUGUAUCAUCGUACACGUUUACGGAUUUAGCUCAAAUGGUAUGCAAAGUCUCCAGAGGAAGUCGAUACGUAGAUUUGGACAUCGAUUCAGACACGGAUGAGUUGGAAGAAUACGAGGCAGAUCUAGAAGAAGAUGCACAAGAAGUAGGUUAUGCCUCUGAGCCUACUGCCGGUAUUCUAGACCAGAGUCCCGAUGAAACUCAUCUACGGCGAAGAACUGGUGUUUCCUUAAGUUUAUCAGAUACCGAGGCAGAGUCAGAACUAGAUUACCAUCCAAAAAUAUUUUAAGCCUUUUAGCCACUCUUACUUUAAGAUCACAUCUUUGUGAACGUACAUAGCACCCGCUCACUCACUCAUAUGUACAAAUUAUUACAACUUUACAAUCAUGCGUAGUUUUAUGAAAAAUGUAUUUAUACUAAAGUACAAAAAAUAUUCUUAAGAAAAAAUA